AACCGUACAACCAUUUUCUGGGUAUUUACCAUAUUGCUCUGUAGAGAAUGCAGAUCUCCUUGUAGACAUAUAGUACAUUGUUCAAUCUUAAAUUUCUCUCUAGGGCAUCGGUUUCUUUUUAGUUCCUUCCAUUUGCUUCACGUUGGCUUUCCUAGCAGACGCCGAUUUCACCGUAUCUUGCUUUGAAUUCCGCGUCAUAUGCUGAAUCAACCAGUAUAAAUUCCUCCAAAUUUGAUAUUAUUUUGCAAGAAGGUAUUGUUGUCAGCAAAGAUGAUGGUAGAGGAUCUAGGCGUGGAAGCGAAGGAAGCAGCUGUCCGCGAGGUCGCGAAGCUACUGCCGCUUCCUGAACUUUUGCAGUCUAUUUCAUCGAUCAAGGCUGAUUACAUUACUCGACAACAGGCAAAUGAUGCUCAACUUAGCACAAUGGUUGCAGAGCAGGUUGAACAAGCUCAAGCUGGGCUAGAAUCACUUUCCCUAUCUCAAAAGACAAUAAAUCAGCUUCGUGAGAAUUUCAUUUCAAUUGAGAAACUCUGUCAAGAAUGCCAAACGUUGAUUGAAAAUCAUGACCAGAUAAAGCUUCUUAGCAAUGCCAGAAAUAACUUAAACACAACCCUGAAGGAUGUUGAAGGUAUGAUGUCCAUUUCUGUUGAAGCUGCUGAGGCACGAGAUUCUUUGAGUGAUGAUAAAGAAAUUGUAAACACUUAUGAGAGGUUAACAGCACUUGAUGGGAAGCGGAGGUUUGCUUUAGCAGCAGCUGCAUCUCACAAAGAAGAGGUUGGCAGACUAAGAGAAUAUUUUGAAGAUGUUGAUAGAACUUGGGAGACCUUUGAAAAGACAUUAUGGGCCCACAUUUCCAAUUUUUAUAAACUUUCAAAAGAGAGGUAUGAGUUAACAUUUGUCUUUUUAUUUUCUUGUGUGAGAACAUUUCUCUUAUUUCAUUUGUGAUUACUUAUAUAUAUA